AUGCCCGCAUCACACUUAGAAAUGAGUAGUUCAAUACCACAGGUCAAUGCUACAGAGGUCAAUGCUACAGAAGCUAAUGCUACAGAAGCUAAUGAUACAGAAGCUAAUGCUACAGAAGCUAAUGAUACAGAAGCUAAUGCUACAGAGGUCAAUGCUACAGAGACUAAUGCUACAGAGGUCAAUGAUACAGAGGUCAAUGCUACAGUGGCCAAUGCUAUACAGGUCAUUUAUGGUAUCAUUAGAAAAAUUUCGGUGAUAUGUUUGCAAAGUUUGAGACAAAGUAAUACAGGUAUAAUGUUAUUUUUCGAGGUAUUGUUAGUCGCUAAAGCUCAAUUGAUUAAUGCAAAUAGUGAUAAUUAA